AAUUCCCAAAAGAGAGUUACAUUUUUUAAUAAAAAAAUAAACACACGCAAAUCAUUUUUAGAAAUUUAAUAAAUUCGGAAAUUCCUAUAUAUUCUUCCUCCACCUUUAGCUGCAAACAGAGAUACUUAGUAAAAAUGGCUCUAACACUUCGUUCUUCAAUUUCUUUCGUUAAUCAGAAAGAAACCAAAGUCCCAAAAGCAAAAGAUGAAGUUUUAACCAAAGUUCACUUUGCAAAAACUAAGUCGUAUUUUCGUCUCCGAGCAAAGAGUUCCACGCAAGAAGCACAUGUCACACGGGACAACAAUUUCAACUCUGAAGUGAUGAUAAACGAGAAAUGGGAAACGGUUCAUGCACCAUCGGUUUCUCAUAGCCACAACGAUUCUAUGAGAGUGCCCGUGUUUGUGAUGUUGCCAUUGGACACUGUAACAAUGGGAGGGAAUUUGAAUAAGCCAAGAGCAAUGAAUGCUAGUUUGAUGGCUCUGAAGAGUGCAGGAGUGGAAGGAGUAAUGGUGGAUGCUUGGUGGGGUUUGGUGGAAAAAGAGGGUCCUUUGAAGUAUAACUGGGAAGCCUAUGCUGAACUUGUGAAGAUGGUACAAAGGCAUGGCUUGAAGCUUCAGGUUGUCAUGUCUUUCCAUCAAUGUGGAGGGAAUGUUGGAGACUCAUGCAGCAUUCCUCUACCUCCAUGGGUGCUGGAAGAAAUCAGCAAGAACCCUGACCUGGUUUACACAGACAGAUCAGGGAAGAGGAAUCCUGAGUACAUCUCCUUGGGCUGUGAUUCAAUUCCAGUUCUGCGAGGAAGGACGCCCCUUCAAGUUUACUCCGAUUACAUGAGGAGCUUCCGUGACAGAUUCAGAGAUUAUUUGGGUAGUGUUAUCAUAGAAAUUCAAGUGGGGAUGGGUCCUUGUGGGGAGCUGAGAUAUCCAUCUUAUCCAGAAAGCAAUGGAACUUGGAGGUUUCCUGGAAUUGGAGAAUUCCAGUGCUACGACAAGUAUAUGAAAGCUUCCUUGGAAGCAUCAGCUGAGGCCAUUGGGAAGAAAGACUGGGGAAGAAGUGGACCCCAUGACUCAGGUCAAUACAACCAAUAUCCUGAAGAUACUGAAUUUUUCAAAAGGGAAGGAACAUGGAGCACUGAAUAUGGACACUUCUUCCUUGAUUGGUACUCCAGCAAAUUGAUUCAACACGGUGAGAGGAUCCUUGUGUCAGCCAAAAGCAUAUUCCAAACACAUGGUGUGAAACUAUCUGCCAAAGUAGCUGGAAUCCAUUGGCAUUACAAAGCAAGGUCACAUGCAGCUGAACUAACUGCAGGCUACUACAACACACGAUUUCGUGAUGGUUAUCUACCAAUAGCACAAAUGUUGGCAAAACAUGGAGUUGUGUUGAACUUCACCUGCAUGGAAAUGAGGGACAGAGAGCAACCUCAACAUGCUAACUGUUCCCCUGAAGGAUUAGUUCAUCAAGUGAAGAUGGCAACUAAGACAGCAAGAGCAGAACUUGCUGGAGAAAAUGCAUUGGAGAGAUAUGAUGAAGGUGCAUUUGCUCAAGUUGUGUCAACUAGUAACUCUGGCUGUGGAUUAACUGCAUUCACUUAUCUUAGAAUGAAUAAGAGGUUGUUUGAAGGAGAUAAUUGGCGGCAUUUAGUGGAAUUUGUAAAAGCCAUGUCUCAAGGUGGUCGGAGACAAAGGCUCCCACAUUCUGAUUCUUAUGGGACUGAUCUUUAUGUUGGCCACAUCAAAGGAAUUCAGAAGCAGCGAGUUCAAGAGGUUACUCUUGUGUGAACUGUGAACACAUAUAGCAUCAUGUGGAGGGGUCAUUGUGUAUACUGUAUAGUUGAAUUAAUAGCAUCAUAAUUUUUAUAGAAGAAAGAAAUAAGUGAUAGUAAAAAGAUGGGGGGAAAGGAGAUAGAAUUAUGAUGGGUAUACGCAAGGAACAUGGCAUAUUCUAUGUCAAACCCCGAGAUAGUUAAGAAAAUAUUAUUUUAUUUCAUGUUAAAGACCCAUUAAGUGCUGUUUAUGUAUUUCACAAUUCACGUGUAGUCAUUUGUUUGUUUCGAUCCUUAAAAUGUGCAUUAGAAUUUAGAAAAAACGAGCAAUUCAAACUUUUUAAGGAGAUUAAUGAAGGGGUUGAUUAUUCUGAUAGUGAUUCAGCAUUUCAAUUUCAACUCCUAAUCACAAAUCUUUAAUGCAGUUUACCCACUUAGUAAAGUGAGAUUUGCCGAAAAAAUAAAGUCGAAGGAAAACUGUUGAGUCCAUUAUUUUGACCACAAUAUAUGUUUCCAAUGUUUUGGCUAUGGCCCAGUACAACAGGCCUCAGUAUUCUAUUUUGGGUCAAGCGAGGAGUACUACUUAGCUGACUAAUGGUUGACCAAAAAAUAUUGGUUGACUAAAAAAAGUGUAUUAUUAUUAUUACUGAAAACUAUCUUCUCUCAUCAAACUUGACAGCCAGAGCACUUUCACAAGUUCACUCUUUCUUGACCAAAAAACAGUUUUCAAUUAAAUGUCGACUCUUUAUUAUACUUUAAAAAGUAAGAAGUAUUUCUUAUAUUCAUUUUUAUCUUUUACCUUAAAAUUUUGAUGCAUAAAUUAUAAAUAAAUUUAAUUUUUUUUCAUUUUUAUUGAAACCAUCAUUUAUUUUUUAUAUUUUUACUUCUUUUAUUAAUUAAUUUUGUUUAUUUUAACUUAAGGAUAUAAUUUAUAAAAAAAUUAAUAUAAUCUUAAAACUUCUAAAAGGGACAGACAAAUAUAUGGGAAUAAAGAGGUUGAAAGGGAUGAAUUGGGCAGCUCUGAAAGAAUUCCUAGUCAACUGCAGCACAAUUUCCAUCGUUUUUUAGAGAUUAGGUGGUAAAAUUCAAUAGGAAAUAGACUUUUUCAAUAGUUGCUUUCUAAUUUGUCAAAUAGUUUCAGCAAAGAAAUUAAAAUAUUCUCCAUUUUUCUUUAAAAUACUUUUAACUUAAAUCAGCAGAGAUUUCGACACCAUUCAGUUCAGAGCAUGGUCAUACGUAUCGCGCAUGCCACAUGGUUCAUAUGAACGAAGUUCGGGAUUGAUUAAUUUUGCACAAAAAGCCAGUGUUGAUAAGGUAAGACAUAACAGGACUUGGUGUUGUGGCGCUGAACCGAACUAACUAACCAACCAGGAAGCUACAUUCAGAACCGUAGAAACGCGAAAAUGCUCAUAACUCUGAAUUCCAAGGUUGACCAGUGGUUGGUACUACAAAGUCAUUCCUUAACUCCUUCUAUUUACCUUUUGGGACCAAUUUAGGAUUCAUAUUCUGCCAAGUGUUUGAGGUUUCUGAAAACUGCAAUGCUAGUUUCAAGCUUUCAACUAUCUGACUCAUGGAUGGCCUUUCAUCAGGAUUCUUCUUCAAGCAGCUAUCUGCCAAUUUGGCUAUGCUUCGAGCUGCACCAAGAGAAUAUUGGUUCUUGAGCCGUGGGUCCAUGAUCAUGCUGAAUCUGCUACUUUCAGCAGGGUAUUUUUUAACCCAUUCUAUAAGCUUUUGUUCCCCUGUUGGACGGUUUUUAUCCAAUACCCUCCUUCCUGUGAGGAUCUCGUAAAGUACCACACCAAAAGUCCAAAUGUCACUCUGAAUUUUGAGAUGACCCGUUUCAACAUACUCUGGAGCAGCAUAUCCUUGUGUCCCAACUACCUGAUAACAAAAGAGUUGUUGGUGUAUACACAUUGAUCAAAUAAGAUGUUUAUUUUGUUUUAAAAUGAUAAUUGUGACCAAAACUAGUAUUUGGGACUGUGCAUAAUAUUAACAUAUGGAAGGUCAAUAUUAUUCAAUAGAUAUUUCUAUUCCACCAUCCGCUUACUUACCGCAGUAGAUACAUGGGUCUGAUCACCCGUUGGACCUUCCCUAGCAAGACCAAAAUCUGAAAGCUUGGGAUGGAAUUUCGUGUCCAAUAGCACGUUUGAAGAUUUGAAAUCUCGGUAGAUCACCUUC